AUGGAAUUCACUAGAGAUGAGCUAUAUACAGUUCCAAUAUGGAUAAAAUUGCCAGGAUUGGACUUUAAAUACUGGAGUGUAAAGGGACUGAGUAAAUUGGGAAGUCUAGUGGGCAAGCCACUUAUGGUAGAUCAAAACACUGAGAAGAAAAGAGGUUUGCACUUUGCAAGGCUGUUAGUGGAAGUAAAGAUGGGUGCAAAACUACCAGACACCAUACUAUUCAGGAAUGAAAGGGAUACAAUUGUGGAACAAAAAGUCAUGUAUGAUUGGAAGCCCACAUUAUGUAAUUUAUGUCAAAAAUAUGGGCAUUCAGAAGGGGAAUGUAGGAGGAAGAAUGCCCCAAAGCCAAAGAAACCAACAGUUGUGCAGGUUGACAAGGAAAUGACAGAUGCAGCUCCACAAAAACCACCAGUCGAUGCAGCUCCACAAAAACCAGUACAUGCUCAAAACAAACUAGCAGUAGCAGAUGUAGCAACCAGUGUUACAGUGCCUCUGAGAGCAGUGACACCAAAAACACCUUCUAAUCCAAACAUGAGGACAGCACAACAAGGUCAGAACCAAAGGACAGGCAAGAAGCAGGUCUUAACAGCUUGGGUUACUCCACUGAACCCAAGCAGAGCCCCAGGGAAGUCACAAACACAGGAAACAAGCCAGAACACCUAUCAAGUACUGCAACAACUUGAGUCAGGGCAAGAAGGAGUUGACAAUAUGGGAGGAAAUACCAUUCCUCAAAAAGGGAAUGGUUAA